AUGGGCGCAGGUCCCAAUGUUCCAGAGGAGGGAUGGACGGCGCUUCCCCGCAUCCGUCAUUCCCCACCCACUGCCCUCACAGUGGAUCGGCCGCAAGUCAUCAGCUCUCCUUUGACCAUGAAAGGGAAGCCCCUCACUGGAAGGCGUGGGAGAGGAGAAGCGAGAGCAGAAGCAGCUCCUUGGAUCUGCGAUGACCCCGUGAGACCCAUCACCUCCACGCUGAGCCCCAGGAAGUUGCAGGAGUCGUACAGGUCGGUCUGUCGGGAGUAUCCAGUUCUGAGCCUCCAGGCUGCUGAUGGAAAUGACUGUAGAGAUGGAAGUGACCUGCUCAGAGGAGAGGAAAAGAAGCACCAGGAAGAGCCAGCGACUUCCAACCAUUUCCAUAGACUCAGACGAGCUCUUUCCUGCCCUCCACAUGGCCUGCUGGGCAAACUCAUAACUAACUUGGCCAUGGCUGUGCUCCUGUGGGCUGUGGGCUGGUCCAUCACGACCCGUGAGUGUCUUCCCGGAGGAAAUCUCUUUGGAAUCUUGAUGAUCUUCUACGGCGCCGUCAUUGGGGGCAAACUCCUGGGAUUUGUGCACUUGCCUGCAUUGCCCCCACUGCCUGCUCUGCUGGGCAUGCUCCUGGCCGGCUUCCUCCUCAGGAAUGUCCCCUUGCUCAGCGAGAACCUCCGCGUGGCCCCCCAGUGGUCUUCGGCGCUACGAAGCAUGGCCCUGGCCAUCAUCCUGGUCCGUGCAGGCCUCGGGUUGGACUCGAGGGCUCUACGGAAGCUGAAAGGUGUCUGCUUACGACUGUCCAUGGGCCCGUGCCUAGUGGAGGCCUGCACAGCUGCGCUGCUCAGCCACCUGCUGCUGGCCCUGCCAUGGCCAUGGGCCUUCCUGCUGGGCUUUGUCUUAGGUGCUGUGUCUCCAGCUGUUGUGGUACCCUCCAUGCUCCUCCUACAGGGAGGGGGCUUUGGGGUAGAGAAGGGGGUCCCCACCCUGCUCAUGGCCGCCGGCAGCUUUGAUGACAUUCUGGCCAUCACGGGCUUCAACACCUGCUUGGGCAUCGUCUUCUCCACAGGCUCCACGGUGUUCAACGUGCUCCGAGGAGCUCUGGAGAUUGCUCUCGGCCUGGCAGUUGGCUCCAUUCUGGGGCUUCUCCUUCGCUACUUUCCCAGCCAUGACCAGGGCCAGCUGCCAUGCCGACGCGCCUUCCUGGUGCUGGGGCUGUCUGUGCUUGCCGUGUUCAGUAGUGUGCGUUCUGGCUUCCCUGGCUCCGGGGGCCUCUGCAGCCUGGUCCUGGCCUUCCUGGCAGGCAGAGGAUGGGCCAGCCAGAAGGCAGACGUUGAGAAAAUCGUUGCAGUUUUCUGGGAAGUGUUUCAGCCACUUCUCUUCGGGCUGAUUGGCUCAGAAGUCUCCAUCACAUCUCUCAGGCCAGAGACUGUAGGCCUCUGUGUUGCCAUCCUGAGCAUUGCCUUACUGAUUCGAAUUCUGACGACGUUCCUAAUGGUUUGCUUUGCUGGCUUCAACCUGAAAGAAAAGAUUUUCAUUUCAUUUGCCUGGCUUCCCAAGGCCACAGUGCAGGCGGCCAUCGGCUCAGUGGCUCUGGACACCGCCCGGGCUCACGGGGAGGCACAGCUAGAGAAGUUUGGGAUGGACGUGCUGACGGCUGCGUUCCUGGCCAUCCUCCUCACGGCCCCCAUCGGAAGCCUUCUCAUUGGCCUGCUGGGCCCUCGGCUUCUCCGAAGAGCGGACCUUCCAGAUGAAGAUGGGCAGUUGCUGCCAGCCCUGGUGCCUGUGGAAAGGCUCAAAGGAUGCGAGCUAUCCUACCACUAUCCCAUCACCAGUUCUUCAGCAAUUGGCCACCUGUGUCCCACUGUAUGGGGAGGAAGCACCGGGCAGGGAAGAGGUGGAAGCGCGCAGGACCGAGAACCCGCCCGUCCCGGGCUGCGGAGUCCUGGGGCCCCGACGCGCCCGGCGCCGCGCGCGGACGAGGAGGCGGAGCCGGCCGGGAGCUGCUCCGUCAGGCGCGCCCCGGGCGGUCCCGCGAGGGCUCGGCCCCUGCGGCGGGCCGGGGGACUGAGGGCUCCAGAGCGGCCGACUCCGCCCCCAGAGGCGGUCCCGCCCCGCCCCGCCCCGCCCUCCGUCCGCGCCAGCCCUCCCGGGCCUCCCUCCUCGAGGAGGCUGCGCAGGCGCGGCGCCGCGCCCGAGCGUGGCCGGGGGCGGAUGAGGGCGCGGCCGGCCGCCGCUCGUAGGCCCGCGCACGCUCAGCGGUCGCCAGAGCGGUCCAGGGAAGGGCUGCGGAGACGGAGACUGGCGCGACCGGCAGGGUCGGGAGAGCAGCCCGGCCGCCCGCCGCGCCUCGGCCUCGCGCUCCCUUCGCCCAGGCCCCGCCCCUUGGCCGCCUCUCGCCCCGCGCAGCCGCCGGCCACGCCGCCCUGUCACCCCCGCGCGGCCCAAUCAGCGCCCUCGGCUCCCCCUAAGCCCGCCCCGCCCAGCUCCGCCCCGCGGCGGCGUCGGGAGCCUCCUUGCGCGCGCGCGCGCGCUCGCUCGGCGGUUGUUCCGGCGCGCCGCGGAGGCACGGAGCGCUCCCCACGCGGCCCAGGGGCCUCCCCCGCGUCCUCCCGCCCCGCGGUUCCUGCCCUGGGAUUCCAACAGGCCCUGUGGACGGACUGGUGUGGCUCGUGGUCACCCAAUGAGCGCCCAACAGUCGCGCACGCGCACGCGCACACACCCAUAUCCACGCCCACAUCCGACGCUCGCUCCGAAGACGACGCCCGCCGGACGACAGACACCCGCCCCUCCCACGCCCUCGUGGCUACGCGUCACGCCGCGUUGCUCGGAGACACUUGGGCUCGGAAAGUGGCCGCCGCCGGGCAGGGGCAGCUCUCACUCGAAAGCGAGUCGUGGCCAACACACGUCGAUUCCUACGUGUUGUCUCCCCUCAGUAGACCCACCUGUGUGCGGGGGCUGUGUCCCAGCACAACGAAACCGACAGAACAGACGACGUAG